UCUUGUUUGUUUUAAAUUCAGUAUACUGACCGUACCAAUCCACUGGACAAGCACCUGGUCACCAUGCUUAAUGUUGAAGACUUUGGUACUGGUCCCCCAGCUGCACAGAUGUUUGGAAAUGCUGGCCGUGAGCACAUGAAAAAAUAUGGUACCAACCCCAAUCACUUUGUCAAAAUCGCCUACAAAAACCAUAAACAUUCAACCAAUAACCCAUAUUCUCAGUUUCGUAAGGAGUAUUCCAUGGAAGAGAUUAAAAAUUCCCCUGUUAUUCAUUCACCUCUUACUAAAUUGCAGUGUUGUCCGACAUCAGAUGGGAGUGCUGCCGUAGUUGUUUGCAGUGAAGAUUUUGUUAGAAAACAUGGACUGGAAAGGAAGGCUGUUGAAAUUGUAGGUAUGGAGAUGGCAACAGACCUGCCAAGCACCUUUGAAGAGAACAGCUGUAUGAAAGUAGUGGGAUAUGACAUGACAAAGAAAGCUGCUGAGGCACUGUUUCAGAAAACUAGCUAUGUUCCAACAGAUGUGCAUGUUGUGGAGCUACAUGACUGUUUUGCAGCCAAUGAGCUUAUCACUUAUGAAGCUCUUGGCCUCUGUCCACCUG